GCAAGCCUCUCGAAUCUCGACGCACGCGAUCGUCGACUGCAGCGCCCUACAGCCCAACUCCCACACGACGGGCGCCGGCCAGACUCGACUCCCACACGGCAGGACGAGCCAAUUGACCUAGCGGCCGGUCCACCAUGCAGAAGCUUUUCAAGCGAACCGCUCAGGCACAGCGCCAGGCCGGCCGCCGCGCACGACAGCGAGUCAACCAGGAGGCCAUCGACACCCGGAUACGCAAUCGCCAGACGCUGCAGGCCGCCGUCUCCGAGGUCAGGCAGAAUCUCAAGGAUGCGAAGCGUGCGCGGCAGGAAGACUGGGAGAUGGGGCCCCUGGCGCCUAAGCGCGACCUGGGCUUCAACAACUACGGCGCCUUCACGGAGAACGCACGGCAGGACUGGUCCAACUAUGGGCUGUACCAGCUCCCGCCAAGGGUCGUUGAGCAGCGGUGCGCCUGGGCCGGGGGUGUGAAGCAACUCAACCUCGCGCCGCAGGACCGCGUUGUCAUCAUGGACGGGCCCGAUAAGGGCAAAAUCGACAGGAUCAAGGCGGUCCACGCAGGGAACGGCACCGUCACUUUAGAAACGCACCACAGGGCGCUUGCAGUCGGCAUGUUUGGCAAUCCUGCGCGGUCACAAGCGAUGCCCAUAUCCAUCAACUCCAUCCGGCUCGUCUAUCCCAUACGGAACCCCGAGACGGGCGUCACUCGCGACGUGAUCAUCAACCAGCUCAAGGCCGUGCCGCCGAACAUGCAGUCGGACAACAUGACGCUGGACCGCUGGGAGUACGGCAAGAAGUGGGAUCGGCUGGUGCCGGGUAUCAACGUCGUGAUCCCUUGGCCCGAGGUCGAGGCCCCCGAGUACGAGGCCAUGCCCGCCGACACGGUCCGGGAUCAGGUCGAGGACCGCACAUUUCACUACGGUCUGCUGGCGCCACCCAUGCCGGAGGGGGUGGUGGACGAGCUGCGAAACAAGUACUCGAGGUUCCGUACUAGGCAUGAGCCCUGGUACAUCGAGGAGAAGAACACGCUGGAGGCUAUUGAGGCUGGACAAGAUGACGCUGCCAGGUUGAUGCAGACGCCUCUGCAGGAGUUCCACGAGAUGCAGCGAGAGAUUCGCGACUCGCAGGGCGAGCCCGAGCUCAGCGUGGAGAUGCUGGAGAAGCUGGGCCAGAUCAUGGCGCAAAAGAAGGCGGCGGCGCUGGAGCAGGCCGGCGUGUCCGAGGUCUCGGAGGGGACGUCGCCUGCGCCGGGGCCUCAGUGAGGCGUUGGGGCGCGGCCGGCAUGAGGACAUGGCCUUGUACUAGUAGUAGACAUGUGGAAGAUUCUGUACAUGACGAUCUUGCAAGACACGCGAGACAUUCUUGGCG